CGCUUCUAUUGUCAGUGCUGCCAGACCAGACGGGCUAACGGUAGAUGUUUGCUUGAUAUCAUGCAUCUUGUUUGUUUGUUUCGAGGUUGGUACGCUUCGAGUCCAACCGUCGGAUUCUCGUUGAUUCGGUCCAGAUUUUGUCCAGUCAUUAUGUGGCGGCACUCGGCCAUAUCCAAAGUGGGAUGAAUAUCCUUGGGGAGGUCUCCUACGACCCGAACACCGGGGCAUACCAUCAUCCUUUUCUCAGGCCGUCGACAGUGUCGGCCCUCGAAAUGGGGAACUUGCGAAAGAUCUUUAUUCGCCUCCGUAGCCAGGUUUGGGCUCUAGUAUGUUGGUCGGGGUAUGGUAUGUGGUCAAGUACUGACAUCUAUAGACUCGUUCCGGAAUGGAUCAACCUUUGAUGGAUACAGUGCCGUUGGAGGGUAGCUUUUCACUUGAAGUGCCCGAGUGCUUCUCUUCCCUUGCCGAGGCGCGUGACUUGUUCGAAUACUACAGCUAUGUAUUCCGGCAUGAAUACCAUAAACUGAGCAACCUAGACGUUACGUCGCUUGAACUUGGCGCGUUUAUUCAAACUUGUGUCUCGCUGUUUCAGAAAUGGUCCGGGGCCUUGGACCAGUUCGAGAAGACUCGUGGUCCGUCUUUGACCACCAGGGAGCAUGUGGGUCUGAAGAUCCUUCAGAUCCAGCGAUGCAUACAGACCAUGCUUUUCCAACAUCACCUAUCGGGAACGACCGACCCAAGUGGCUGGGACAUGUAUAACCCGAUCUUCCAGGAAAUCGUCUCCUUGGCAGCCUCUGUCGUCGAGCUUUCAGGCGAUCGCUCUCCGUCCACCCCGGAAGCAGAUCCCUCGGGCCAGAGAAGAUUCAAGCCUAGCUUCACCCUUGACAUGGGGAUUAUUGGGCCCCUUUACGAUGUGGCCACGCUCUGUCGGGAUCCGCUUAUCCGUCGCAGAGCGGUGGAUAUCCUGCGCUCGGCCUCGCGGCAAGAAGGUGUUUUCAAUAGCUAUGUGUGUGCGGUCGCUGCCGAGAGGGUCAUUGCUCUAGAAGAGGGUGUUGCUUUGGAGAGUACGGGAGGGUUUUCACCUACUCUUGCAGGGCAGCGGCCCCAAUACAUCAGCCGGUGUUCCGAGGUACCUGGCACCGCACGAUUAUUAUAUGCAUACCCAAAACUGGAUAUUGCCCGGGGUGAGGGAUUUCUGAAGGUAGGUCGGGGAGAGGGUAUAGAGAUGGAUCUUCCAUUACCAGCGAUGGCUGCGAUGCUGGAUGCGGAGGAUUAGGCAGUAGUCAGAGAGAUGUAUAGAUAUAUAUUUACAUUGGCCUCUGCAAACCAAGAAUAUUUCGG